CACAUUUUACCCACUUUAUAUUCCUCCCUUGCUUCUUCUCUUCUUUUUUUCAUUCAUCAUCUUUGUUCUAUCACUCAUCAUGAUGGAUUUGAUAAACAGUGUGCUCAACUUGUUUGUCCCUCCUGCCAGUUUGAUCACGCUGGCUUUCUCAUGGCCUGCACUCUGUUUCCUCCAUGCCUGCGAGUGGCUCUACAACACCGUCUACGGCGACAACAUGGAUGGCAAGGUCGUCAUCAUCACCGGUGCUUCUUCCGGCAUCGGAGAGCAAAUAGCAUAUGAGUAUGCAUUGAGGAGAGCAUGUUUAGUGCUGGUGGCACGAAGAGAGCACAGAUUAAGAGGGAUUGCGGAGAACGCCAGAAGAAUGGGCGCAAGGCAUGUCAUGAUUGUCGCAGCUGAUGUUGUUAAAGAAGAUGAGUGCCGCCGAUUCGUCAAUGAAACCAUCAAUUUCUAUGGCCGUGUUGAUCAUCUUGUAAAUACAGUAAGUUUGGGACACACAUUCUACUUUGAAGAAGUUACAGACACAUCAGUUUUCCCUGUUCUCUUGGAUAUUAAUUUCUGGGGGAAUAUUUAUCCAACACUUGUGGCUCUUCCUUACCUUCAUCGAACCAACGGUCGCGUGAUUAUCAAUGCAUCGGUUGAGAGUUGGUUACCUUUGCCAAGGAUGAGUUUAUAUGCUGCUGCAAAGGCAGCAUUAGUGAACUUCUAUGAGACUCUCAGAUUUGAAUUGAGAGAUGAAGUUGGAGUAACUAUAGCAACUCAUGGUUGGAUUGGAAGUGAGAUGACAAGUGGAAAGUUCAUGCUAGAGGAAGGCGCCGAGAUGCAGUGGAAAGAAGAAAGAGAGAUGAAUGUGAUAGGCGGACCGGUAGAGGAGUUUGCGCGGUUGAUGGUGGCGGGGGCAUGUAGAGGAGAUGCAUAUGUGAAGUAUCCAAGUUGGUAUGAUGUGUUUCUACUAUACAGGGUGUUUGCUCCAAAUGUUCUAAACUGGGCAUUUAGGCUCUUGAUUGCACCACAAGGCACCAAAAGGACUUCAUCCUAUGUAGGCACCGGCAGAUCUCUUGAAGGAAGGCCCAUGUUGGAGGCACCAUCCCCGAGAACCGCCCUCCUCGCUCCCUAUAGCUUCUCCGGCGGCGGCCAGUUGAGUUAAAAUGGAUUCAAUCAAAGGGAUCCCAUCCCCUCCAAGCAAUGAAGGAAGCAAGGAAGCUGUGGUUUAACUUGUAUUCUUGAAUUCUUGUUGGAAGCUUGUUUUUGUGGACCUAUUAUUAUGUCAUGUAGUCUCAGACCUAUCAUCUCUUUAUGUAGAAACUACGAAAAUAAAUCUCUCUGGUAAUGCAUCUGUCGUAUGAAUCAAAUAUCUUGAAAACACUGUCUCAC